AUGCCCACGGUGCUUCGGAGCGAAGCCCGUAAUGUAGAGAUGUUCGACCACGCCUUUGAAUACCGGGAUCUUAAUUUCAGGAUGAAGGUCUUAAUAUUCUGCAUGGCCGUUGUGGCCGUGACGCUGGCGAUGCCGAUCGCUGAGGAGAAACCCGAGGCUACUGUUGCUGCCGAAUCGACGCCAGUAUCCAAAGUCGAAGAAGCAAAGCCUGAAGUUAAGGCCGACGCGGCGGUUGUCGAGGAGAAAAAGGUUGAAGAGAAAGUCGAGGAUAAAGAGUCUGAAAAACCGAAAGAGCCCGAAGUGAAAAGUGCUCCCGUUGAACCAAAACCUGAGGAGGUUAAGCAACCUGAACAAUCAGCCGCUGUGAAUGCGCCUGAAGUGCCAGAAGCCAAGUCAGCUGCGCCAAUUGAUGCUCAGCCUGAGGCAAAGCCAGUGGAAAGCCAAACCGUAGAGGCCAAGCCCGAAGAUAAAAAAGAGGAACCAUUACCAAAGGCGGUUGCAGUUGAAGACGUUAAAAAAGAAUCUGAGGCCAAAGUUGAAGAAGUGAAAGAGGAAUCAUCUGCACCGCUGCCUAAAUCCGCCCUGCCAGCGGAAGCAAUUGACGUGGUGUCGGCCAUUAAAAGUCCCGCCGCAGUCGCUGACGAUUUUGUUGAUCCAGCCGCUAUUUCGCCGGAAAAGGUUCCCAUUGCCACGGUGAAGAGCGCUGAGCCUAUUCCAGAACCCAUUUCAGAGUCGAGUUUGCCGAAAGAAAGCGCAGCCGUCGAGUCCAAAAAGGAAGAAAAACCCGUAAGCGCAGAAGUCGCUGCCCCAACCCCUGUUCUCAAAGAAGCACCCGCAGAGCCCAAAUCUGCUGCCGAACUACCCGUCGAUGAUCCCCUACGAGUCGUCCGCGAUACUGUCGAAGAGAAACAAUCGGCCGCGCCGUCCGUGGUCGUUAAGUCUGUAGGGACAUCCACAGAUGUCGAAGCCCCAAAAGAGAGCGAAGCCGAAAAGAAACAAGACUCUAAGGACUUGAAAGCGAUCGAACCAGUGGCGGUGGUUGAGCCGGCAAAAGAAACACCCGUCGAACCAGCUAAGCCCGUCGAAGAGCCAAAGGCCAGUGACGUUCAGUCUAAAGCUAUAAAGGAAGAGGAGAAACCUGCUGGUGAUGCGCCCGCCGACAGUUCCGAGGAGAGUGUGGAGAGCCAGGAGAAAAAGGGCGAUAGCGUGGAAAAGGACUCAUCAGAGGAGCUCACCGAAAAGAAGGCGAGCGAGGCCACCAAAUCU